AUGGUCGCUAUGCAAAAAGCUAUGGAGACAGCAGGAAUCCACGUGCAUCCAAAGGCUAUGCCUCCAAGACCAUGCAAAACACAGGAAGAGUCUUUGCCAAGUACCCAAAGACAUUCAAAGAAGAAGGCCUCAAAAACCAAAAAAGUUGAUGAUGGACAACAACUAGCACUACUCCAAGCUGGGACACGAACUGGAACUCCUUUUUGGAAUGAGCUACAGCAAGAAGGAGCUACCAACCUCCAAGACUUCCAAAAAAGGGUUCAAAAAUACAUCAACUUGAAAGAGCCGCAGAUAGUGGCCUACAGCGGGUAUUAUCCAACUGGUGGACCAGGAUACAUGCCAGGAACGCAACUGCCUAGAGUUGUCCUCCCCAUUACACCACAGACAGAUGAAAUACAGUUUUCGACGACCCCAGGAUAUACUCAAAACCUCACUCUUGCUCUAGCUCAAUCUAACCUUGGAGCGCCAACGAAUAAUCCCACCUCCAGGAUGACUGCACAACUCCCAACUCAAUCUGCACCAGCCACACGUAUGGUGGGAGCCCCUCCAAAGCUCCCGAAGCAAGAGAUCCUUAAAAGAACUCGUGGAUACACAAGAACGAGUGUACUUCGUAACCUAGGAAACACUCAUUACUGGAAGCCUCCCCCUUUGUACCGAGAUAGCUCUCGGAGAGACCCCAACAAAAGGUGUGAUUACCACAACGAUAUUGGUCACAACACUAACGAAUGCAAGAAUUUAAAGGAUGAAAUCGAGAGCUCAAUUCGAUUAGGCCAUUUAUAUGAAUGGAUCAAAAACAGGUUACCACACCUAAAUCCUGGACAAAUUGAAGUCCAAAUACCUCAAGGGGGGCCAGCAAUUGCACCAGAAGGACGAAUACCUCUUGGGGGUAUGCCCCAUCAGCAGGUGCCCGGACAACCUCCUUGGACAAAUGGAAGGGUUGCUAUGAUCUCAGGAGGUCCUCACAUAGGAGGGACCACGAGAAAUGAGUUGAAGUGUUAUGUCAAGGCUCUAAAGCAUGAUGGGGAGAUAUGGGAAGUUAGUCAACUUCUGGCCCAAAGACUGAGACCUAUGGAUCAACCCAUCACCUUCACGGAGGAAGAUGCUAAGCUAGUACGUUUCCUGCAUCCUGACCCCUUAGUCAUUGAAACCCUAAUUGCGAACAAAAUUGUACCCAGAAUAUUGGUGGACAACGAGAGUUUGGUGAACCUAUUGUUUAAGGAGGCUUUCACGGCCAUCGGGCUCACUGAUCGAGACCUCUCCCCAAGCGGUUCAAAACUCACGAGAUUUAACAGGACUACACUCGUUCCUAUGGGAAAGGUUAGACUCCCCGUUACUCUAUGUCUGGACACUCCACAAAGUACGUUCAAGUAUUGUACCUUUGUGGUAGUAGAUUGCCCCACUGCUUACAACGCUCUUCUAGGCCGUCUAGCCUUAGUUGACUUUAGAGCGGUCACUUCCAUCAAGCACUUGUGCCUUAAGUUUCCCACUCAGACGGCUGGAAUAAGAACGGUCUAG